AUGGAGCCCAAUGCCACAUCCACUCCCUGGCUCACAGCCACGCCUGAGCGAUUGCUCCGACUCAUCUUCGCUGGGGUCUGCGGCCUCAUCCUGCUGGUGGGGCUGAUGGUCAACGGGCUCAUGCUGCUGGUGGUGGGCCAGGGCCCAAGUGCCCACCGCCCCCUUCUUGCCCUGACCAACAGCCUCAUGGUGAACAUCACACUAUCUGACCUGCUCUUCCUGGCCUGCGUGGUGCCUGUGCUGUUGCUGAGCUUCCUGCAACAUGACUGGUGGUUGGGCCCUGCCGUGUGCACCAUCAGCCAGGCCACCAACACAGGCACCAUGUUCUGCACCUUCUACAGUAUGGUGGCCACAGCUCUUCUGCGCCAUGUGGCUGUGGCCUGGCCUGAUGUGGCCUUACCAGCUAGCCAGAGUAUCCGCUUACUGCUCUGUGGGGCCAUGUGGGUCCUGGGCCUUACCGUGUCCCUGCCUAACUGGCUAUUCCAGAGAGUGGCAGUGGAAGAGGAGACAGCAGGGGCCCUUGAGACCCAAGCCUGCCUCUUGCUUCUGAGUCCCGCUCAGACCUCCUGCUACUUCACCCUGCUAGGAGCCCUGGCCUUCCUGCCUUGCCUGUUGGGGCUGGGCUGCUCUUUCUGCCAUGUGCACUGGCUUCUGUGGGCGCGGCCCCAAGGUCCCACGGGGGAGAGCAUCCAGGAGCACCAAGAGAACACAAGGCUCAUCCUUGUGGUGCUGGUGGUUUUCAUGCUGAUGUGGGGACCCUGCUCUGUGCUGGGCUAUGUAGCAGCCAUGGGCUAUCUGCCUGCCACACCAGAGGCUUUUGUGGCCUCCAGCCUCUGCACCAUCCUCGCCUACUCCAAUUGUGCUGUCAGCCCCCUACUCUGCUUCUACCUCUCCCGCCCCUUCCGGGCAGGACUCAGGAACCUCUUCCAUAGGCUACUGUCAGCCAGGCAUCCCAGAGGUGUGGGAGGGGCUGCUACAGUGAUGGACAGUGUCCCGCCUGGCCAAGAGAGGGCACCCAGUGGCCCAUGGGCCUGA